GUUGACAAAUAUUUCAAAACAAACUAAAUUCGUACAAGGAUUACCAACAAAAGCUUCAUGGUCGUAAUCAUAGCUUUUUUAUGAGGUGAACCAUCAAAGUACUAUUUAUCAUUGAUGAAAGACUCCCGGGUUACAAGCCGCAUCAGGUGGUUGAACGGUGAAUAAACCAUACUUCUACCAACGUUUCGAGGAAAAUCUCUGCUGUCGUCCUUAGGGCUACUUGCAGAGAUGAAAAUGAAUGUUGACCUGAAGAGUGAUUCUUCACAUGAAAUAGGACUUGAUGCGUGUGACCAUAUCAAUGACAGUGAUGAUAAUUAUGAUAACAGUGAUGAUUAUGUUGAUGAAGAAGAAGAAGAUGAACCAGAGGAUGGUACAAAUGACAGUGAUGGCAGUAAUAUCUUGGAUGUAACACCAAGUGACAUGCAAAUUAACCACAACUCUUCAACACUUCAUGAUAUAUCCAAAAUCCGCUGGCCACCUGGCUCUUGGCAAGAUGGCAACAGAAGGAGCGCCUUCCAACCAUACAGGCCAACCAUGGUGCUGACUAAUUUGCAACGUGGAAACAUUCCAACCGAAACGCCUGCGCCAGAACAAACCGAUGUCAGCCUACACCAUCGCGCCGGUCUAGGUGAGAUUACUGAACAGGAUAUAGAACAAGAAUAUGACGUUGAUGCGAAAGAUGGCAACGGUCUAACCGCACUUAUGUGGGCUAGUGCAUACGGCCAAGUCCCUACAGUGCAACUUUUACUGAAACAUGGAGCUCAGGUAGACUUUGAAGGCCCAGAAGGAGAGACUCCGCUGCUGCUAGCAGCGGCAGCUGGUCACCAUGAAGUCGUCAGACUGUUACUUACAGAAGGUGCCACUGUGAACCACGGAGAUGAGAUUGGUAAUACUGCACUCAUGUACGCAGCUCACGGUGACCAUCCCCAUUGUACGAAUGAGUUGCUCCUGCAUGGGGCUGACGUUACAAUCGUAAACGUCAAUGCUGAUUCAGCGUUUGGCAUUGCUAUAAAGAGGGGAAACAAAUUAGCUCAAGCAGUGAUUGAGAACUACCUACUUACUCUUCUGAGCUGACACAACUGAUAAUAUUUACGGCUUUUAAAGUUGUUUAACAUUUACUCUACUUCUAUGAAUGUUGAACAGUAAUAGCGGAUUAUUACAUUUUUGAAGGUGAAGUCUUCUGGGAUCUGGCACCAUCUGGUGUCACAGCAAUGGACUAAUGUUUCAGGUGUUUACUGCACUCGACAUCCUGAAAUGUCUCUAUUACCUACUACCUGGGGUGUGGCAGACUUAUGUAUUUGUGUAUUAAGUAGGAUUAUCAAAUAUAAUUUUUGUAGCAUUAUUUGCGUUUGACCGUGACCAUAUUUGGUAUAUGAAGAUCUGAUUCCUGGUCUGGUGAUGUAAGUUAUGGUAGUGCUUGUGGAUAGUGCUGCCAUCUGCUGUAAGUGAGGAAUGCCAUUCUUGUUGUUUGUGUAAGUUAUGGUAGUGUCUGUGGAUAGUGCUGCUAUCUGCUGUCAGUAAUCAUAAAUAAUGUAAGUGAGGUUAGGCAUGCCAUUCUUAUUGUUUGUGUAUAUGAUAAUAUUUCGAGUGAAUUUAAAUGCCUACCCUUAGCUGCUUUUAGAAUUUUCAUAAUGUCAUUCGAAUACCAUAUGUUUGUUCUCUUUUCAGAAUGUGCUGGGCAUAUUCUGGAUUUGGUUUGUCAGAUCUGAUGCUGAUAAAUGCUCUUUUAUGCUUUAAAGGUUCAGUCUGUUUUAUGGAGAAUUUGAUGUGUACUAAACAUCGAAUGGUCUAUACCAGUGGUAUUCAACCUGGGGGUACG